ACCUAUUAAAGGAGGGGCUGAGCGGCUCUUCUAAUAGCAGGUCAGUCAGCUAGUCUCUUCAGUGCAGUCCGGUUCUUUCUAGCCAUGUUUCUUUCAGUUGUGCUGGUGUGGCUCUGUGUUUGCCUGAUCAUUCUUCAACUCAAAUCUCGGAGGCCAAAGAACUUUCCACCAGGACCACCUCCCCUGCCCCUGCUAGGAAACAUUUUGCAGCUGAGUCUGGAUAACCCUUUAAAGGACUUUGAGAGGCUCAGGAAGUCUUUUGGAGAUGUUUACAGCAUCUUCUUUGGCCCCAGACCGGCAGUGGUCCUCAAUGUGAAGGCCAUUAAAGAGGCUAUGGUGACCAAGGCUAGUGAUUUUGCUGGACGACCUCAAGACUUAUUUGCUAAUGAUGCCACCAAGAAUAAAGGGGUCAUUCUGGCAGAUUAUGGUUCUACUUGGAAAGAACAUCGUCGCUUUGCAUUGAUGACUUUGAGGAACUUUGGUCUGGGGAAGAAUUCAAUGGAGGACAGAAUUCAUGGAGAGAUAAAACACAUCAUUAGUACCUGGAAAGAGCAGUGGUAUGUCAUCUAUAAAACCAUGAGUCCUCAAGUUAUGUUUCACAAUGCAGCCUCCAACAUCAUCUGCCAGGUUCUGUUUGCGACACGCUUUGAGUACAGCGAUGCAAUAAUCAAACUGAUUGUUCAAUGCUUUACUGAGAAUGCCAAGAUAGCCAAUGGUCCAUGGGCUAUGCUGUAUGACUCUCUCCCUUUCAUUCGUUACCUGCCACUGCCCUUCAAGAAGGGCUUCAAGACAUUGAGGUAUUUAGAAAAUCUCGUAAUUGACUUUGUGAGGGAGCACAAGAAGACCAGAGUCCCUGGAGAGCCACGGGACUUUAUUGACUGCUAUCUGGAUGAACUGGAAAAGAGAGACGGCGAUGGCUCUUCAUUUUCAGAAGAACGGCUCUAUCUGUACUUAGAUCUUCAUUUUGCUGGGACUGACACUACAUCCAACACCCUACUUACUGGUUUUCUUUACCUUAUGAACUACCCACACAUACAAGAACGAUGUCAGCAGGAGAUCGACGAAGUGCUGGAAGGGAAAGAUCAGGCCAGUUUUGAGGACAGACACAAUAUGCCCUACAUGCAGGCUGUGAUUCAUGAAAUACAGAGAGUUGCCAACACUGUUCCUCUCAGUGUCUUCCACUGCACCACUAGGGACACGGAGCUAAUGGGAUAUUCCAUUCCCAAAGGUACAAUGAUCAUUGAGAAUCUGACCUCGGUGCUCAACGAGGAGGGACAGUGGAAAUUCCCCCGUGAAUUCAACCCUGAAAACUUCCUUAAUGACCAAGGAGAGUUUGUUAAACCAGAGGCUUUCAUGCCUUUCUCUGCAGGUCCUCGGAUGUGUCUUGGAGAGGGUCUGGCACGUAUGGAGCUCUUCCUCAUCAUGGUGACUCUGCUGAGGAAGUUUAAGUUCAUCUGGCCUGAGGACGCAGGAGAGCCAGACUUCACUCCAGUCUAUGGGGUCACUUUGACUCCUAAACCUUAUCACAUGAAGGUCCAACUCAGGACAUCACAGUGACGUGGUGUGCAGGCAUAUACAAACUAACAGCUCAGAAAGUCCUGAUGGUGAAUUUCAUCUGGGAGACUAUGAAUCCAGAGACGAGACAGCACUCCUCAUUUCCUCUUCUAUUGUAUUAAUGAAACAAAAUAAACACAUGAAACUCA